AUGGGUUUCAAUGCAAGGGUGCUUUGCGUCGCUACUACGAGUGCAGCCGGCGUUUCAAAUGUUUUAUCGUGCAAGAGUGAUUUCCCGGCAACACUGCGUGUUUUUUGUGAAGCUUCGUUUUGGGAAGAACUUAAGGAGGCUGAGGCAGUGAUUGCCCCGCUGUCGUUGGCUUCGUAUCGCCUACAGAGGGACGAAACACGGUUGGAGACGUUCAUCGAGAAACGCUGGGCAAAGUGCAAGCAGCCAUUGUUCAUGCUGGGGUUCGCUCUUCACCCAGAGUAUGUAGCGGUUGCUAAAGAUCUACCUGAGACUGACGUGUCCGGGAUCGGCACGCUCACGAAGAUUGCCGUUUACUACCACCGACGGCAGCUCGCCACCGCAGACCUGGGCGAGCUUCGACGUGACAUGAUAUCCAGGAUGCGUGGAGAGUUCACGAACAUCAAAGCCACUGAGUUUCGUGCUCCGUGGGAAUACUGGGAUGCUGUCGCAGUGGAAACCCCCAGUAGCGUACUACCAAAGCUGCCCUUUGAGACUGAGGCUGACAAGCUCGCCGAAGAGGAGGAUGAAAUGGUUGGGUCGUUCAAUGAUGAUGCUAUCCCGUCCGGACUCUCAUUACCCACAGCAGAACCUGGUUGUUUGCACUCGACUGCAGCUGAGAGAUACGCCAUGAUGCCGUUCGACAGGAGCUUGGGAGCCUCGACGUUCUCCAGUGGAAGUUGUCCCGGACAUCAUGACUUGCAAGAGCUUCAUGAGCGCGUACAGCACGCCGUCCUCGACUACUUUCGGUCGCGUCGUACCGUGCGAGAGCAGGUUGGACAGCGUCUUGGCGUGAAUCUACUUGGAGGUGGCACAUAG